CAUCUCUUCAACUUGACGUUUUCAAGUGAAUUAUGUCAAUUAACAAACUACCAAACGAGUGUCUCUAUAUGAUUUUGGACCAUUUCAAUGGAUUCGAAGAGUUGAUCCGAUUGUCCAAAGUCUCUCCGAGAUGGUUCUCGGUCGUUUUGCUGAAGUUCAGUAAAGUUAAAUAUCUUCAAUUGAUUGGAAUGUACAAUAGAGGCCAGGACUUCAUUGAGAAUAACAAACUUUGGAAAAAUACUUCAGAAACUUUGAAAAGUCACAAUUUGAAAGAUUUGUUUCCGAAUCUAAAGAUUAUGGAAGUUCCUGAGAGUGUUUUUCUUUGUCUUGAAUCGUAUGAUUUUAGAAGGUUGAUUCACGAACAUCCAAAAAUCAAAGGAUUGAUUAGACUUUAUCAACCUGUUGAGAACAGAUAUAACUUGAAAAAUAUCGAAAUGGUUUCGUUUGAUUGCAAGUGCGAAUUCAAAGAAAUCUUUCGACCUGAUCAAUUGAAACAAAUUCGCUUCAACAAACUUUUAGACUACACUGAACUAUCACAAGUUAUCGAAUACUUUCCGAAUUUAAAGCGGCUCAACUUACCACUUCGUUAUGACGUAAAUAAAUACGAUGGCCCAAAUUUGGCUGCUUUAAAGAUACUUGAAGUUGAAGUUGUAACACAUUCUUAUGAUGAGUUUUCUGUAUUUCGCUUUAUGGAUUCCUGUCCAAAUCUGGAAAGUGUAUUCUUCCAUUUUAUUCAUGGUAAGGAUGCUUCUGUUAACGAUUCGAUAAAGAAUUUCAAUUUGAGAGAUUUAGUUAUCGAACAGGCUCAUCAUCUUAAAUGGCCAUCAUUACGAAAAAUUUUGUCAAAAUUUCCGAAUUUACAUCAUCUUGGAAUCAGAAACAAUGAAAAUAUUGACGACAGUCAUGUGGAAGAAUUGGUGAAACUAUUACCAAAAAUAAAACUGAUCGACUUGAGGAGAUGUCACAGAGUGACUCAAAAAUCAGCUGAUUUUCUUUCCAAAGUUUGCGAGGAAUCCAAUCGAUCAAUUAAAAUCUAUUAUGAUUGUGAUAGAUUAACAAAUAGAUUGGCUAAAUCGACAUUUCGUUAUGAGAAGAUCUGCACCGGAUUCGAUUUUAUGAAAAAUUGUUUCUUUAAAUCUUGGUCCAUUCUUCCGGACUUGCUCGAUGAAGAUUAAUCAAACUUUUGUAUAAUUCUGAUUAUGAGUUUACUAAAAUUGAAAAAAAAGUGAAACUAAAAGUUUCUAAGACGAAUCAAUAAAAUAAUCAUUUGA